CCCCUGCAAAACUACAUGGCUUGCUUGCAAGUACCAGCAGCUGGGGAGAAGGAAUUCCCCUUGCUCUUCAAGAAUGGCAUCCUGAAGCUUGCUGGUGAAAAAGAGCCAUUACCCCGGCCCAAAAAAUGGCCCCUUGCUAACAUCAUGGCCCCUGGCGCUCUGAGCAUACCCAACUCCUUCAUUGUUGGUGGUCCCUAUGAGGAUGAGGAUGGAGAGCUCAACAAAAGAGAGGACAGGGAAUUUAGGAUCCAAGCAGAAAGCAUGAAGAGAAUUGUAUGGGACAUGGAAAGGCGUUGUUACCUGGAUCCCGCUGCAGUACUUGGUUUCUGCGUCUUCUCAGUGCCCUCCUUUGUGUUCAGCCUGCAGAAACGCAUUGCGGAGUGCCGGUACUGGCCCGUGGAGGUCUGCAGGAUGUCUGUGGCCUCACCCAGCAAAGGGAAAACUAGCAAAGCUGACAAGGGAGAUGAGGACAAGCAGAUUUUCUUCCAUGGCGUGGCGUAUGUCAACAUGGUGCCUUUGCUGUGCCCUGGUGUGAAGCAGAUCCGAGGCGCUUUUCGUGUCUUUACCUACCAAGACAGCGAGGUGUUCGAGAAGACCAAAAGUCAGCACAGUGUUUUCCGGGAUCUGAGGACACAGCUCAGUCUGACUAAGGAAGGGUCGUGGACCCCAGGAAUCAGUACUCCCCUUUCCAGAGCUGUUCCCGGCAAGACUCAGAAGGAAGACAAAGAGAAAAUCACCAAAGAUAAGGAUUCCAACAGAAGGAUGUCCAACGCGCCCAAAAUCCAGUUGUCAGAUGCCACUGUAGAAGCUGAAAAUGUCACAUAUCUCAGCCUUGAUGGACAGCAAUACGUUGAAGCAGGAACGUUCCUGGUGAUGGAGAUAAAGCUGGACAAGGCCUUGGUACCAAAGCGAUUGCGAGAGGAGCUCACCAGACGGGUCAAGCAGAUGAUUCCUCCUCGCCCUCCACUGCCUCCCCGGACUGCAGGAGCCAAGAAGGCGGUGGAAGAUUAUCACAACCAUGUCACGAGCAUUGCUGUUGCCAUCCUAAAUGAAUACCAUGAGCUCUUUGGGAAGCGGCUGCCUGACUGGGGAGCGAUAGACCACCAAACCCUGGAGGAACAGAAGCGUCAGCUCAACUUCGAGCUCAAUACCUCUGGGAAAUAUUUUGCUUUUAAGGAACAGCUAAAGUAUGCUGUAGUGAAGAUUGUGAGGGAGAAAUACCUGAAGACCACGGCAUUUGAGACCCAGGAACAGUUCCAGGCAUUUCUCAGUGAGCUCUACGUGUACCUCGUGGACCAGAUGCAUAUUGCCCUGAACCAGCUACUGUCCGAGGAAGCUGCUUCUCCUGCCCCUCUGUCCCGCACAACCGAGGAGCAGCUCUGGCUCUUCGCUCACGAAGCUGAAGUCAACAAGGACUACAAGCUGGCAUCUCUCUACCACCAGCAGCGGAUAGCUCAGGACCAGCGCAACAUCCAGUACUGGCUGGACUAUGGGGCGUUCUGCCUCCUGCUCGAGGAAACAACCAAAGCCCAGGAGUGCUUCCAGCAGGCUCUUUCUCUGGACCCCCAUCACAUCCAAAGCUUGCUGCUCUGUGGGAUUGUGGCUGUCGUGCUGCAGCACUAUGAAGAGGCAGAGAUUUUCUUUGAGGAUGCCUGCUGCUUGGAGCCAUCCAGCAUUGUAGCCUGGACGCUUUCAGGUUUGUUUUAUGAGCUGCAGAAUAAUAAUAUUCAGGCAGAAAUGGCCUUCCGUGAGGCGAAGAAGCUACUGCAAGCACAGCUCGCCAAGGAGAGGAGCAUCCCUGAGGCUGCUGAGGAAGAAGGAGGGAAAAAGAACAUUUCUGCUGGGUGUGUGAGGUCUUCCAGCCCAGAGAAGGUUCCAGAUGGCUCACCUGACAAACUGCCAGAGGUGGUGGAGCCUGCCCUGGCCGGCACGGCACCCGAGGAAGAGGCUACUGCACCGGCGGCAGCCCUGAAAGCACCAUCCCCUGGUUCAGGACUUAGCCAACCUCCCUGCACAAUCUUCAUGAAGGCAGUGGAAUUCCUGAUGAAAGUCAAUGCUGUCCAGUUUGUUCACAGGGCGCUUGCCCACGAGCUGCUGAGCCUUCAGGGAGGCCCCUGUGCGUACUACCUGGCGCUGGCCCAGACUUACUUGCUGAAGGAAGAUCUCUCCAGAUGUGAAGAAUGUCUCUGCGAGGCCGUUAGGAUUGACUACAUGAAUCCAAAUGUCUGGGCUCAGAAAGGGCACCUGUGCUACCUGAAGAGGGACUUUGGUGAGGCAAAGGAGUGCUACGAGCGAACCGUCAGUUUUGUGGAGGAUGCUGCGGAUAUGCACUUCGUUUACCUGCGCCUGGGCUCCAUCUACCUGGAAGAGAAAGAGUACGGCCGGGCCAAGCAGACCUACCUGCUCGCCUGCAAGAACUCUGCGUCCUGUCUCACCUGGCUGGGGGUGGGAAUCGCCUGCUACAGGCUGGAAGAGAUGGUGGAAGCAGAGGAUGCUCUCUCUGAAGCCAAUGCCCUAAAUAACACCAACGCUGAAGUGUGGGGAUACCUCGCCCUCAUCUGCCUGCAAGGAGGACGGCAGCUGGAGGCAGAGCAGUGCUACAAAUACGCCGUCAAGCUGGGCCUGACGAACGACGCGUUGCUGCGGGAGAUCCGCGCCGCCCAGCAGCGGCUCGGCUUCGGCAACCCGGCCCUCUGA